AUGACAUACACUGUUUCUGAGAUCACAGAUCUGAGGAUCUAUCCCAUCAAGUCAUGCCGAGGCAUACAGCUCCAGUCGGCGAAGUUGACCAGGCAGGGGCUCGACAUGGACAGACGGUGGAUGUUCAUUGACAGCCAGAACAAAUUCAUCACCAUCCGCACCAAGCCGCAAAUGACCUUGAUCAACACCGCCAUUGAUCACGAUUCCGACUGUCUCGUCAUAAGUAUAGGCCAUGAUAAGGAGAAGGAAGUCAAGCUCCCCUGUCAUCCUAGCCAGGAAUGGCUCGAAGCAAACACGAAGGACGCUUCGGUCGACAUUUGGGAGUACAUCACAGACGCAUACGCCUAUACUGACCCGAAAAUGCUGGCUUUGUUCAAAGAGUUCUUUGAAGAAGAUGUCCGCCUAGUGAUGAAGGGCCCAGAGCCCAGGAUCUGUCGCGGAAACGGAGAUCCCAACCACCUGGGCCGUAGAGAGAGCGUCAACUUCCCGGAUGUCCUACCUAUCCAGAUCGCGUCAGAGACGUCGCUCGCCGAACUGAAUUCGAGGCUAAAGGAGAAGGGCGAGAGAGAAAUCACAAUCGAACGUUUUCGGCCAAAUGUCAUUAUCAAGGGCGGCGAGCCUUGGUCCGAGGAUUCCUGGAAGACAGUGCGUAUCAACGGAGAUUCCUCCUACUGGACAACCCUUACCGGUGGCAACUUGCACGCCAUCGACGUCGACGUCGUUGCGAGAUGCGCUCGUUGCACGGUGCCCAACGUCAAUCCAGACACAGCAGAGAAGCAUCCUCACCAGCCUUGGGAUCUGUUGGUUAGUUACCGAAGAGUCGACGAAGGUAUCAAGUUCAAGCCUUGCUUUGGGAUGCUGUGUUGUCCCAGGAACGAGGGUCAUAUCGAGGUCGGAAUGCGAUUUGAGGUCAUGGAGACCACAGACCAGCAUAGGUACAUGAAGGGCUUCUGA